CCUCAGGAGCAGUGAAUUGUCUUCAUGGCAGUUCGUCGAGGACACAAUAAGUACUUAAAAGAGGUGUAUGAAAUGUCUAACGGUUAUGAAGACCACAUGGGGGGAGGGGAUGAGCCAAAGGACGCCAAGACCAACCUGAUAGUGAACUACCUGCCUCAGAGCAUGUCGCAGGAUGAGCUGCGAAGCCUCUUCAGCAGCAUUGGAGAGGUGGAGUCUGCCAAGCUGAUUCGAGACAAAGUCGCAGGCCACAGUUUAGGGUACGGAUUUGUUAACUAUCUUAACCCUAGUGAUGCAGAAAGAGCUAUCAGUACUCUGAAUGGACUAAGGCUACAGUCCAAAACUAUCAAGGUUUCAUAUGCACGGCCAAGCUCAGAUACAAUAAAGGAUGCAAACCUGUACAUCAGUGGCCUGCCUAAGAACAUGACUCAGAAGGAUGUGGAGGACAUGUUCUCAUGUUACGGGCGUAUCAUUAAUUCUCGUGUCCUAGUAGAUCAGGCUACAGGUACCACAGGAAUGUCUCGCGGGGUGGCUUUUAUCCGCUUUGACAAGCGAGCGGAGGCCGAGGAGGCGGUGAAAAACCUGAACGGCCAGAAGCCCCCUGGAGUUACCGAGCCCAUCACAGUGAAGUUUGCCGCCAACCCCAACCAGGUGAAGAACACGCAGAUCAUCUCUCAGCUCUACCACAACCAGUCCAGGCGCUUUGGAGGGCCGCUACACCACCAGGCACAGAGAUUCAGGUUUUCCCCAAUGAGCGUCGAUCACAUGGGCGGCAUGGGAAGCGUGGGAGUUCCCGGAAACUCCACUUCCGGCUGGUGCAUCUUCAUCUACAACCUGGGCCAGGAUGCCGAUGAGAGCAUACUGUGGCAGAUGUUCGGUCCGUUCGGCGCCGUCACCAACGUCAAGGUGAUCCGAGAUUUCAACACCAACAAGUGCAAGGGCUUUGGCUUCGUCACUAUGACAAACUACGAGGAGGCGGCCAUGGCCAUCGCCAGCCUGAACGGCUACCGGCUCGGAGAUAAAAUACUGCAAGUGUCCUUUAAGACCAGCAAGGGCCACAAGUAGAAGGAGUCGGACAAUGGGGCGUAGAGGACGGCCGCCGUGCUGUGUCGAGCUUGUGUCGGUGAAAGCCGCGGUGGCUAAACCGUCCGCUGCGGUCUCCUUGUUGUGGUAUGGCCGGUCCUCUACGCCUUCGUACCUGUCAAAAAUGUUUCCCCCCGUUCGUGUACCCUUGCUUUGGGUCUUGAGGGACACGCCCUUUAGAGCUGGGUGGAAAGGUCACGUGAUCUCACAAACUACAAUACUGUAUGUGUUGCAUGUUCAGUUGUUAGGAUUAGAUGAAGAAAAAUGAAUCUCUGCAAGAAACGAGGAAUCCAGAAAGUAGAAACUAAACCCUCCACGUUGUUCUGAGUGUUUUAAUGCAAAACUAGUGUUCAGAGAAAAAGGCUUUUCGUUUGUCUGUUUCUUUUCUUUCUUUCUUCCUCCAUUUCUCUAAAGACAGUGGUCUGUCCUGGAUCUUCACACAUAGAAAUAGAUGCCUUAUCACCCCGUGAAGACGGAUGAUUUGUCACCACCCAGAGAAUAGUACAAGAAAGAGCCAAGCACUUUGAAUCUGUCUGACGUUGCUCUGAAUAUCAAGCGGUGAUGUAAAUUGAGGGUUCCCCUUUGACCAACACGUUUUAAAUGUUUCGGAGGUUCAUGUUUGCUUUUAUGUCCCCAACAAGGAAGUGUCUUUUUAUAACUUAAGAAUAAGACGAGGGGACAAAAGCGAGAGAAAGGAAAUUAGAUGGACCAAAGGCAUCGUCUAACCCCACCGGAGUUUUCUCUGACUUUGGACUAAUUCGGAUUUCUUUUUGCAAAGGUACUGACACUGUAUGUUGUAGAGUUGGAGCAACAUCCGAGUUGUUUUUUUUUGUUCUUUUCCGUUUUGUUUCUUUUUGCAUUUGUUUUUAAUAGAAGAGUUAAUCUCAGAUUAAAGAGAAUUAAAGGCCUUUGUUCUUUUGAGUUUAGAUUUGCUUAUUUUUCUUUUGUUUUUGAUUGUUUCCCUUUGAACAUAAAACAUUAAAUUUUAUUUCAUUUUGCUGAGUUUUGUUUGGUUUGUUUUAUUUGAUUUUUUUUCUUUCUUUUUUUAUUCUUUCGAAAGCAAAUCUUGGUUCCUGCAAGAGAUGUCGGAUGAGACACAGAAGGCAGAAGUGCUUCAGGUUUGACGGUCGGUCAGUGCUGAAUGGACCAAAGUAGGCAGAGUUCUGGAAAAGGAGCCGCCUCGUGUUCGUUUUUACUUCCCAAAAAUUUAAAAAUGAUCUUAAAUCUCUGAAUACGUCAGUUUAUCACUUAAAUCAAUAUUUGGAUUUAGAAAUGGUCAGUUUCUUGUUGCUUUAGGUGUAUUUGCAGCUUCCGAGUAGUCAAACCUUUAGCAUUAAAUAUUUUAAUUCAACUAUAUUGCAGUAAAAUUGAGAUUAUUUUUUUAUGGUGGCUUUUUAUUCUGUCAAGUUUAGGUGAAACAUUUCUCCGCCUGUUUCACUGCUUCUUUUUCCCAAAAGUGGGGCAUUAGUUUCAACAGUUGCUUGCAUUAACACAGUGAAUUGGCUUUUAAACCAUCCUCUCUAGCAAUAUUUCUGCUAAUGCAUUCGUGUUUGACCCAGUUUGAACUGCUCUGCUUGAUCCCACCCUUCAGAUUUUGAAGUGCAUUUCAUUUUAGAAAUUACAUGUUUAUUGGUGUCACAAGCCUUUGUGCAAUAUUUCACAACUUGUUUUAAGCAGGUUCUAGAAACGUGUCUUGAUCUGUGUCGUCUCUUGCAGCAUUUUAUAUUUUUACAACUUAUUUUCUACUGACAUGUUACUGUUUGUUUUUUUUCCAGCAGUUUUGUUUAAACUUUAUAAAGAGUCGAGCAUGUUUGUUUCACUAGGCAGUCAACAUAAACUACAGUCUGCCUUAAAUUAUAUGUGGAUAUAGUGUACAUUUACAGGAGGUGGCUUUAUUUAUUUGAAAGUGUAAUCCUUGAUACUUGAUGAUAUUGGAGUGUUUUUAAUGGUUUUCCUGGUUUUGAACGCAUUUAAUACCAAGUUAAGUCCAUUAAAUGUCCUAUAACACAGAAUCAUUUCAAUAAACCAUGGUGAAUUUUCAGUAUUGAAAAAAA